AUGUCUCAGCCGCCGCCGCCGCCUCCGCUGCCGCCGCCGCCGCCUCCCCCAGAGGCUCCGCAGACUCCGCCGUCUCUGGCAGCGGCGGCGGCGGCGACUCCGGGGGGGCUCUCGAAGCGGAGAGACCGGAGAAUCCUUUCCGGGAGCUGCCCGGAUCCGAAGUGCCAGGCGCGUCUGUUCUUCCCGGCCUCCGGUUCCGUCAGCAUCGAGUGUACCGAGUGCGGACAGCGGCACGAGCAGCAACAGCUGCUGGGGGUGGAGGAGGUGACCGACCCGGACGUAGUGCUUCACAACCUGCUGCGGAACGCGCUGCUCGGGGUGACGGGGGCACCCAAGAAGAACACGGAACUGGUAAAGGUGAUGGGCCUUUCAAACUACCACUGCAAACUGCUGUCGCCCAUAUUAGCUCGCUACGGAAUGGACAAACAGACUGGCCGGGCUAAGUUGCUCCGGGACAUGAACCAGGGCGAGCUGUUCGAUUGCGCUUUGCUGGGUGACCGCGCCUUCCUCAUCGAACCGGAGCAUGUCAACACGGUGGGCUACGGCAAGGACCGCUCCGGAAGCCUCCUGUAUUUGCAUGACACCCUCGAGGACAUCAAGCGGGCCAAUAAAAGUCAGGAAUGCCUCAUUCCCGUGCAUGUGGACGGGGACGGGCACUGCCUGGUGCAUGCUGUGUCCCGGGCCCUAGUGGGCCGGGAGCUCUUCUGGCAUGCCUUGAGAGAGAAUCUUAAACAGCACUUCCAGCAGCACUUGGCCCGGUAUCAAGCGCUGUUCCAUGACUUCAUUGAUGCUGCUGAGUGGGAGGACAUUAUCAACGAGUGUGACCCUCUGUUUGUACCGCCUGAGGGGGUUCCCUUGGGUCUGCGGAACAUCCACAUAUUUGGCCUCGCCAAUGUGCUUCAUCGCCCUAUUAUUUUGUUAGAUUCGCUCAGUGGCAUGAGAAGCUCUGGUGAUUAUUCAGCCACCUUUCUGCCAGGGCUCAUCCCUGCAGAGAAGUGCACCGGCAGAGAUGGUCAUUUGAACAAACCAAUCUGUAUCGCUUGGAGUAGCUCUGGUAGAAACCAUUAUAUCCCGUUGGUAGGCAUAAAAGGGGCUGCUUUGCCCAAACUGCCUAUGAAUUUGCUUCCUAAAGCAUGGGGUGUGCCUCAGGACCUCAUUAAGAAGUACAUCAAACUUGAGGAGGAUGGUGGUUGCGUUAUUGGAGGAGACAGAAGUUUGCAGGAUAAAUACUUACUUCGGCUUGUUGCUGCUAUGGAAGAAGUCUUUAUGGACAAGCACGGUAUCCAUCCUAGUUUGGUGGCUGAUGUCCAUCAGUAUUUCUACAGGAGGACCGGGGUGAUAGGAGUUCAGCCUGAAGAAGUCACAGCAGCUGCUAAAAAAGCAGUAAUGGAUAAUCGCCUUCACAAAUGUUUGCUCUGUGGUGCCCUUUCUGAACUUCAUGUUCCUCCAGAGUGGUUGGCUCCGGGAGGGAAACUGUAUAACUUGGCAAAAAGUACUCAUGGACAGCUGAGGCCUGACAAAAAUUAUAGCUUUCCCUUGAACAAUUUGGUUUGCUCAUAUGAUUCAGUGAGAGAUGUCCUGGUACCAGACUACGGCUUGAGUAACCUUACAGCUUGUAAUUGGUGCCAUGGCACAUCUGUGCGAAGAGUUAGAGGAGAUGGGUCUAUUGUGUAUUUGGAUGGGGACAGAACUAAUUCCAGGUCCACUGGUGGCAAAUGUGGUUGUGGAUUCAAACAUUUUUGGGAUGGGAAAGAGUAUGACAAUCUACCAGAAGCUUUUCCUAUUACUUUGGAAUGGGGUGGAAGAGUGGUCCGAGAAACAGUGUAUUGGUUCCAGUAUGAAAGUGAUGCAUCUUUGAAUAGCAAUGUGUAUGACGUUGCGAUGAAACUUGUUACCAAGCACUUUCCAGGUGAAUUCGGGAGUGAAAUCUUAGUUCAGAAAGUUGUCCACACUAUAUUGCAUCAGACUGCCAAAAAGAAUCCUGAUGAUUAUACUCCUGUAAAUAUAGAUGGUGCUCAUGCCCAAAGAUUUGGAGAUGUACAAGGACAAGAGUCGGAGUCCCCGCUCCCAACUAAAAUUAUUCUUACUGGACAGAAAGCAAAAACUUUGCACAAGGAGGAGUUAAACAUGAGUAAAACUGAAAGAACUAUUCAACAGAAUAUUGCGGAACAGGCUUCUAUAAUGCAGAAACGGAAAACAGAGAAGUUAAAACAAGAACAGAAGGGGCAGCCCAGGACUGUAUCUCCCAGUACUGUUCGUGAUGGCCCAUCCUCUGCACCUGCCACCCCUACCAAGGCUCCCUAUUCGCCAACCACUUCUAAGGAGAAAAAGAUCCGAAUCACAACUAAUGACGGACGGCAGUCCAUGGUUACACUUAAGUCUUCAACAACCUUUUUUGAACUUCAGGAAAGCAUAGCCAGAGAAUUCAACAUUCCGCCAUAUUUACAGUGUAUUCGAUACGGCUUUCCUCCUAAAGAGUUAAUGCCACCCCAGGCAGGAAUGGAAAAGGAGCCAGUUCCUUUACAGCAUGGUGACAGAAUCACAAUCGAGAUUCUGAAAAGUAAAGCCGAAGGGGGUCAGUCUGCUGCUGCCCACUCGGCCCACACUGUGAAACCAGAAGAUAGUGCUGUCGCCGGCAGGCUGUCAUCUAAGGAGCUUCAGGAGCAAGCUGACAAAGAAAUGUACUCCUUGUGUCUUUUAGCAACGUUAAUGGGAGAAGAUGUAUGGUCUUAUGCAAAAGGUCUUCCUCACAUGUUCCAGCAGGGUGGCGUAUUCUACAAUAUUAUGAAGAAAACCAUGGGUAUGGCUGAUGGCAAGCAUUGUACUUUCCCACAUCUGCCUGGCAAAACCUUUGUCUACAAUGCUUCUGAAGAUAGACUGGAGUUGUGUGUGGACGCUGCAGGACAUUUUCCCAUUGGUCCUGAUGUUGAAGAUUUAGUUAAAGAGGCUGUAAGUCAGGUUCGAGCAGAGGCUACUACAAGAAGUAGGGAAUCAAGCCCCUCACAUGGGUUAUUAAAACUAGGUAGUGGUGGAGUAGUGAAAAAGAAAUCCGAGCAACUUCACAAUGUAACAGCCUUUCAGGGGAAAGGGCAUUCUCUAGGAACUGCAUCCAGUACCCCACACAUUGACCCAAGAGCCAGGGAGACUGCAGUUGUAAGGAAGCAUACGACAGGGACAGACUUUAGUAGUAGUUCCAUUAAAACAGAGCCUUCUGUAUUCACAGCUGCUCCUAGUAACAGUGAGCUUAUUCGAAUAGCUCCUGGAGUAGCUACAAUGAGAGACAGCAGGCAGCUUGAUCCUGAUAUGGUUGAGGCCCAGCGGAAAAAAUUGCAGGAAAUGGUGUCUUCUAUUCAGGCGUCAAUGGACAAGCACUUGCGGGAUCAGAGUACAGAGCAGUCACCAUCUGAUCCUCCUCAAAAGAAAGUGGAAGCUGUGAGUUCUUCUGUGAAGUCUGGUAGUCUUCAGACUGGCUUACCUGAAUCUUUUUCUCCAACUGGUGACACUGAAAAUUUGAAUAUAGAAACAGCCGAUGGCUGUGUGGCAGAGGCACUGGAAGCAGCAUUUGCUGAAAGGUCAGAAGCACAAAAGGGAAGUUCCGUGGAGGAGCCCGAAGAGAUGGAUAGUCAAGAUGCUGAGAUGACAAACACAACUGAGCCAAUGGAUCACUCUUGAUUUAAUUAGAGGCUAAU